AUGUCUUCCCGUCUCUUGCACCCGGAUGAAUAUGAGCUCGCCUCGCGCUCAUCAGUCGAAUCGGAUGGAACAUUUAAUCUAGAUGAUGACGAUUUCGAAGCUCAAGUACCAUCGACCUCUCGACGCCUAGGUGCAAGUCAGAUUUCAUGGACACGUCGGAUACCCUGGCUGUCACGUAUACGUUCUUCAACCUCCACCGGGUACCGCCGUCUCCAGACCAAUUCCAGACCAGUUCUCACGAGUUCUACACCUCGGUGCCGCCUCCUCAUCCGCCGCCGAUGCUGGUACUUGCAGGCUUUUGUGGGUAUCAUAUUCGCCCUUGUGGCGCUUACAUCAGUUCUGCGCCCUUCCUACACCCACCCACCAGCGCAUUACUCAACUUUGCGCGCAUCAGUACAAGAUACCUCUGAGCUUGGCCGUGGAAACCCGCGAAAUGAAAAGGUAUUCAUCGUGGCGAGCCUCUACGAUCGUGGCGGUGAACUUGCUAGUGGUGAUUGGGGCUCACAAUUAUUACAAUUGAUCGAUCUGCUGGGUGCUGACAACGUAUUUGUGAGCAUCUAUGAGAAUGACAGUGGAGAACAAGGACAGAAUGCGCUUCGAAGUCUUGAGGACCAGAUUAUGUCUGAAAAGUCUAUUGUUUAUGAAGAACAUUUGGAUCCAAAGACGAUCCCGAGUGUGACUGUUCCCGGUGGAGAAAAGCGAGUUAAGCGUAUUGAAUACUUGGCUUAUGUGCGCAAUAAAGCUUUGUUACCACUUGCUCAAGACUCGGCGAAAAUUUAUGACAAGAUUCUUUAUUUGAACGAUGUCUUUUUCAACCCCGUGGAUGCUGUCCAGUUGUUGUUCUCCACCAACGCAAACGAGGACAACAUUGCCCAAUACCGAGCUGCUUGUGCUGUCGACUUUAUCAACCCAUUUAAAUUCUACGAUACCUUCGCAACUAGAGAUCUGCAGGGAUAUAGUAUGGGACUUCCAUUUUUCCCGUGGUUCACGACCUCUGGAAGUGCCGAAAGUCGAAAGGACGUUCGUAAUGGGAAGGAUGCUGUACGAGUUCGGAGCUGCUGGGGUGGCAUGGUGGCCUUUGAUGCUAAAUACUUCCAACCACCACCAGACAGUGGUAAAAGUCCAGUUCUGUUCCGAGCUAGUUCUGACCUGUUCUGGGAGGCGUCUGAAUGCUGUUUGAUUCACGCUGACAUUCAAGAUCCUCAAAUGAACGUCAAUGAGAUUACCGAUACGGGAAUAUACAUGAACCCAUAUGUCCGUGUUGCCUAUGAUACACGAACAUUGUCAUGGCUAGGCGUCACAAGACGUUUCGAGAAGCUAUAUUCGUUCAUCCACACCCUUGGUAACCAUCUUGUUGGUCUUCCGUGGCACAAUCCUCGGCGCACAGAAGUCCCAGGUCAAACGGUGAAAGAGAAGGUGUGGGUAGCUGAUGAAACUCAGGAAGCUGGAGGCUCUUUCCAACUACUGGAUCGGAUCGCUGGCAACGAUGGAUACUGCGGCCGUCGGGGCUUGCAGGUCAUUGUGGAAGACCGCAAACCUGGCCAAAAAGGUUAUGAGAGCAUACCCAUUCCAACAAGCUAG